GUAUUCCAGUGCAGGCUCUUGGUCGAUUGGGAUGUACCGCUGCGUUAUGUAUGUCACACAUGGCUCCCAUUGGUGUAGUAGGUGUUGUGGAUCGUUCUGCAGGAAAUUAAGGAUUUGCCCUGCAGGUUUUCUUAAUGAUGGUAUUGCUGCAAUAUUGAGUUUUUGGGAUACUUGGAAACCACCAUGACUACAUCUUCAGAAGAUGUGCUGCUACAGGUGGGACAAGUUCGCUACAAGAAGGGAGAUGGGACAUUGUAUGUGAUGAAUGAGCGCCUGGCUUGGAUGAUGGAUCAUAGGGAUACUGUCUCUGUGAGUCAUAGAUACACUGAUAUUAAAACACAAAAGAUAUCACCAGAAGGGAAACCAAAAAUCCAACUUCAAGUUUGUCUUCACGAUGGUACUUCAUCAACAUUUCAUUUUGUAAAUCGCUUGGGGCAGGGAGCACAGGUGAAGGACCGUGAUGAUGUUAAGGAACUUCUGCAGCAACUUCUACAGAAAUUUAAGUGUGAAGUUAAUAAGGAACUUGAAGAGAAGAAUAGACUCCUCUCUCAGAAUCCAUCACUUCUGCAGCUGUAUCGUGAUCUGGUUAUAACACAUGUGAUAUCAUCUGAAGAAUUUUGGUCACAACAUGCCAUGCAGUAUAUGCAAAAGCAGCAGAAUCAAAAACAAGAUAUUGGAGUAUCAGGGGCUUUUCUGGCAGACAUCAAACCUCAGACAGAUGGUUGUAAUGGACUUAAGUACAAUCUUACAUCUGAUAUCAUUGAGUGUAUUUUCAAGACAUAUCCAGCGGUAAGGAAGAAACAUCUAGAAUAUGUUCCUCAUAAGCUGACUGAAUCAGAAUUCUGGACCAAGUUUUUUCAGUCACACUAUUUUCAUCGUGAUCGGAUAAACGCUGGUAGCAAGGAUCUGUUCACAGAAUGUGCCAAGCUUGAUGAUCAAGAAUUGAAGAGGGACAUUUCUGCUGGAAUUGAGGAUCCAUUGGUUGACAUCACUUCAUUUGAAGAUAAAACUUUGGAUGAAGGGUAUGGAACUGGAGGAGACAGGCCAGUUGGAGUACAGAGUGGAAACAUUGUGCAUCAGAGUAUGAUUAAACGGUUUAACCAACAUUCCAUCAUGGUUCUGAAGGCAUGUCAACAGAAUACAACAUGCCACUCUGGUUCAGAGCCGCUGGACUCAUCAGUACUACCCAUGAAACAACCAAGCCAGUCAAGUGAAAGAAACCCUGAUUGCAGUGAUUACCUGCGUACUGCUAAGAAGCUCCGAAUUCAAGAGAAACUUGUUUAUGAUGAUUUGGAAUCAGAUAGCAAGAUGCAGAAUGUAGGGACACAACUCAGUUUGUCCAGAGUGGAGCGUUAUCUUCAUGGACCCAUGCCUGGUUCCUCUGAGGAUGUGUUGAGUGAUGAUGUGUUCACUGUUUCAACACGACUUCAGCGUGAAGCAGAGGGCUGGUGCUCAGUCGCUCGCCUUCAAGCGUCCACAUUAGUGAAUCCAGCGGCUGCUGUGAGUGCUCUUGGAGAGCUCACACCAGGUGGAGCACUCAUGAAAGGUUUUGAAGAGGAAUCGUUGGCUCAAUUGGUUCCAGCAGAUUUAGAACGUGAGCUGAAGAAUUUGUACAUGUCACUUUGCGAACUGUUUCGCCACUUCUGGACUAGUUUUCCUCCUACAACACCAACUCUAGAAGCAAAAGCAGUCCGUAUGCAUGAGGCCCUUCAUCGAUUCCACUCAGCAAGGCUGAAACCUUUUGAGAACCGUGUCCUGCGAGAGUUCUCACCAUUGAGUCAGCAUCUUACUAGUCAUCUAAAUCAGAUGUUAAACUCUGCAUAUCGCAAGUUUGCUACCUGGCAACAAAGGAAGAUGCAAACACUCAGGUAGCAGCACAGCUCUUGUGAGUGUCUAUGAAGAAAUGUGAAAGUUUCAUUCAUCCAUGCAAGGUUCAGGUUCAUCGUGUUCAUCAUAAGUGAGAAGUUGCGAGUAGUGAAAAUGGUAUCAUGGAGUAAGAUGUUUCCAGUCAACAUUUCCAGCACAGGAAUUGCAUUACAUUUAUUUCACUUUAAUUUCCUGUACAUUUAAUUUGUUUGUUGAUGGGACUGCAGAAGUAUGGUUGAUUGUUUGAGCACUUAUAAUACGUACAUUUUUCAGCAGUUCUUACCUUGCAGCAGUAGACUCACUGAAAAUAGACUAAGGUGUUGAUAAUGUAGGAUUAUGUUUCAUAGCCAUCAUAAAUGGUAGUUGUGUACAAAGCUA